GGAUAAAUUCGCGAUCAGUAUUUUAAGUGCGGAAGUUCAAGAAGAAUACAUGUUUUGUUUUAAACUGUCCACAUAUUGUGUUUAAACAAAAUAAUAGAUUUUUUAAAAAUCUGAAGGCGUUAGGUAAACAUCUAGAUCCAUGUGCUGUGGGUACUUUAGUUUGUUAUUUGAAGACGCAUAACAACGCAUACAACGUAACUUUUGAGACGCUGCCUUUACUAUUGACAGCCAAAACAUGGCGGACUACUAUCGGUUAGCUAAGUGUUAGUUUGUGGUCAUUUAGAAAAGAUUUCAGGAUCUUCAUUUUAAAGGAGGAUGUAGAGAAAUGUUUUAACGUGUUUAACAUGUUGAUUAGACGGUCAAAGUGGACAACAGCGGCGAUAUGAAAGGUGAAUAUUUUAUAGAGUAAGUCAUGGCAGAGGAAAGUUCUAGUAGUAGAGUUAGUAGUCUGAGUUCUAGUGUUAGUGUAGUUAGCAGCCGAAACCUGCUCCUCCGGACACAGCUGACCCCCCGGGAGAGAGGCGGACGCGACAGGGCCCUGUUCGACCUCUCAGAUAACGACCAUGAAGUCCAGUUUGACACUACAGACACAGACAAUGAUUGUGAGGUGCUGAUGGCGGGGAGACCAUCCAUGCAGGAGUUUGCCUCUGCCAUCCCAAACCACCUGCUGCUGGGCUCUCUGCUGGAACACCUGUGCUUUGUGUAUGAGCGUGAUCCUACACGUUCUCGCAUGCUCUUCAAGGGGAUUGGUCAGCGCCUAGCAGCAAUGAACCUCCUCUCUCCACUGGCCAUAAGUGACGAAUUCAGCACAGUUCGACUUCAGCACAACCGGGCCUUUUCUGAGCUCCUACACGCAGCCAGUGCUUCCCUCCUCCCUCAGGACCACAAGUACUUGAGUUCAGAAGGACAGAGCUCUGCCACAAGAACGAAAGAUGGCCUUUUUCAAGCUCAAACAUCUCGCUACCUCAGUGAAUUUGAAGAAAUUUCAACAUUGGGCAAAGGAUCAUAUGGCAGAGUCUUUAAGGUUAAAAACAAGUUGGAUGGUCAGCAUUAUGCCGUCAAAAAAAUUCUCAUUAAGAACGUGUCAAGGGAUGACUGUGUAAAGGUCCUCAGGGAGGUCAAAGUUCUGUCCAGUCUUCAGCAUCCAAACAUAGUUGGCUAUCACACUGCUUGGAUGGAGCAUGUGCAGCCUGCUGUGAAUAAUCCUACUAAACCAAUGCUUCCAAACUCCAGUCCAGCUUUAGGAUCAUUGUCACAGACUGAUGGGCGUCUGGAGGAAAGCACCAAUGGAUCAUCUAUUGUUUUCGAAAGUUCUGAAUGUUCAAAGGACACAAAAGACCCUCCUACACAGACCCCACAGAGCACCUCCGUGAAAUCUACACCAGAGACGAGUCAGGCCAUGUUCACAAAAAACAUGCGCAACCCACAGAACUUUGUUCCGUGUGUGUUUCUGGGAAAACCUCGCUCUGUGGUGGACACUUGCCCAGCACUAAGCUGGGACACCUCGGCGCUGUCGGAGGACGAGGCCAGUCCGAACAGAGUGGAAUUAAACAACAACUCCUACAUUGAUAUGGACAGUCAGCAGUGGGCUGAAAAACACCCUAAAGAGGUCCAAUUUCAUUUGAUGCUCUACAUCCAAAUGCAGCUAUGUGAGCGCUCCCUAAAAGACUGGAUUCAGGAAAGGAACUGCACACCUAAGGCAGAACUCGCAGUGGCAGGAGGACCUUACCAGCCAUUUGACUGUGAAGAAGCUUUUAAUAUUUUAAAGAAAAUACUUGAAGGAGUGGAGUAUAUUCACUCCUGUGGAAUCAUGCACAGAGACCUUAAGCCACGGAAUAUUUUCCUUCAUGGACAUGCCUGCCAUGUGAAGAUAGGGGACUUUGGAUUGGCGUGUAAGGACAUUGUGGCAAACAAACAAGAACAGCUACAUUUUAAUUCUCACAUUGGUAAAAAUGCAGAGUCUGCUCACACAACUGGAGUUGGUACAUUUGUCUAUGCUUCUCCAGAGCAGCUAGAGGGCUCUCAUUAUGAUUCAAAGUCUGAUAUGUACAGUGUGGGGGUGAUUGCUGUCGAGUUGUUCCACCCUUUUGGGACAGAGAUGGAACGUGUUCAUACGCUCGGGGAGCUGAGACGAGGAAAGGUUCCAGACACGCUGGCUGAAAACUGGCCACUCUUGACCAAACAAAUCAAACUGCUGACCAGUGCUGAUCCCUCAUUACGACCAAAUGCAUCUGAGCUACUGCAAAGUGAUCUUUUUAACUCCAGGGAUAUGGUAAUCCGCAGUAUGCAGCAGCAGAUUGUGAAGCAGGAGGAGGAAAUUGUUCAGCUACGAAAACAGAUAAGUGAGCUGCAGAGCUCACAGAAUUCAAAACAUGAUUCAGAGAAGACCUAAGUAGAAUCACUUCGAUUGUUUUCUACAAUGCCUAUUACAUGUACAGUAUUUAAUUUUGUUUUUUUGGGGGGUAGAAAUGAUGUCUGGGAGCAGCUUUCACUGUGUGCACAGUACUAAGUGCCAUAUUUAAGUUACAAAUAUGU